CUCUUCCACGCUCCUCUCAUCUCUCUCUCUCUCUCUCUCUCUCUCUAGCUAAGACAAAGUUGCCAUUUUUGUUGAGCUCGAAGUGAUUCAGUCUCUCCGUAUUGUUCCUGGAGAAAAAAAUGGAGAGAAUCCUGAGAAUGUCGCUCGCUCUCUUCGCUCUCCUUGCGAUCCUACCCACGAACACGUCGCAGGAAGCCACCACCUCCGCCAAGUACCAGAUCGAAUGCACCACGUGCGCCGCGUGCGACAACCCUUGCGGCCAAGUCCCCUCCCCGCCUCCGCCGGCCGCCGCCAUUUCCAGCUUCCCGCCUCCACCCUCCCCGCCCCUGUCCCAGCCCGGUUACACAUACUCGUCCCCUCCGCCGCCGCCGCCCUACAAAGGGGGAAGCGGUGGCUCGAAUUACCCCCCGCCGAGCAGCGGCGGCGCGUACUACCCCCCGCCGAGCUACGGGAACUACCCGGCGCCGCCGCCCCCGAACCCGAUCCUGCCGUACUUCCCCUUUUACUACUAUAACCCACCACCGGCUGCCGUGUCCUCCAGUGCCAUCAAGCUAAGAGCUUGCGAUGCGAUCUGGGCAAUGUCGAUCGCUCUGCUUUUGGUUUGACCGUGACGAUUCAACUGGAGCGAGGAUGGGGAUAUUUGGAAUAAUGUCGGCAAAUUUGGCAGAUCAAGAGAUAGAUGACGAACACUUUUUUGGGGAAUCUUGAAUCUUCAAUG